GGACCAAUAAGUGAGAACCAUCUGCAUUUCACAAAGUGGGUAGGAGGAUUAACGAGUUAAAAGACCUGCCCAAGACACUGGCCUUGAGCUGUGGUAUCCCUGGGAGCCUGGGUUACAUAUUAAAUGCCCCCACAUAACAAUGCAGGGAAGAGGGCGUGGUGAUGGGCCUAUGAACUCAAAGUUUAGUGGAGGGAGGAGCCACUAUCACAGUCCAGAUAGAAAGUAGCAGAUGCCUUCGUUUGGGACUGAUCGUUAAUGGGUCUAGGUGGGGGAUCCCAGACCGGGGAAGCUGGUUCAGGGGUUCUGGAGGCUCGGCUGGCUUUGUCAGGACCCAGAGUGAGCCAGUGGCUGGUCAGCAGGGCGCGUGGGCGAAAAGGAUUUCUUCCUGGGAGGCGGGGAAGACAAGGCCACCUUUAUCGCCUUUUCAAAUCUGGGGCCUGAGAAGAGGUAACGGGGUAAACUACAACUCCCAGAAGCGUCUGCUCCCCGAAGACAAGACGGUUGUCAUGGUUUCAGAAAACAAUAUGGCCGCUCCCAGCUGGGAGGGGAGUCUCCGGAUUAAAGAGCCUGAGGCAAAUCUGGGCGCCGGCAGCGGCAAGGGAGGAGGCGCUUGAGCGGUCGAGAGUUUGAGACAGGACGCUGUACGGCUGAAACGACUUGCCUUUGCUGAGGGCGCCAAUGGCGGGCAGCGUGGACGAGGAGGCGCUGCACCAGCUGUACCUGUGGGUAGACAACAUCCCUCUGUCCCGGCCAAAGCGAAAUCUAUCCCGGGACUUCAGUGACGGAGUCCUGGUUGCAGAAGUCAUCAAGUUUUACUUCCCCAAGAUGGUGGAGAUGCACAAUUAUGUCCCUGCCAAUUCUCUCCAGCAGAAGCUCAGCAACUGGGGUCACCUGAACAGGAAGGUGCUGAACAAGCUGAACUUCUCAGUACCAGAGGAUGUGAUGCGCAAGAUCGCACAAUGCACCCCAGGCGUGGUGGAGUUGGUGCUCAUUCCGCUGAGACAGCGCCUGGAAGAGAGGCAGAGGCCCAGGAAGCAGGGCUUGGGCUCCUUACAGGAGCUGGCUCCCCAGGAUGGCACUGGCUACAUGGAUGUGGGUUUGUCUCAGAAGGCCCGAGGGGAAGGUGCCCCAGAUCCCCAGGGAGGGGGGCAGCUCAGGGCGGGGCGGCUGCCUGUGCCUCGGCCUCCAGGGUAUAGCCAGGUGCUGCACGGCGACCCAAGCGUUGUUCUUCAGAUUGCUGAAAAGGAGCAGGAGUUGUUGGCCUCACAGGAGACCGUUCAAGUCCUCCAGAUGAAGGUGAGACGCUUGGAGCACCUGCUGCAGCUCAAGAACGUGCGCAUCGAUGACCUCUCCCGGCGGCUCCAGCAGGCGGAGCGUAAGCAGCAGCGCUGCCCCAGGCAGCAGAGGGAGUCUCUCGUCCCUCCUGGGCACUCACCUGGGACCCAUCUUAAGGCUGGAGAAGCACAGCCACUGGAGAAGAUGAGGUGAGGAGUGAGCUCAGCCAGGUGUGGGGAAGACAUUGGCUGAGCCUCUACUGAUCACCUUCCCUUCCCAUGAAGUAUGCUUCAGGAUGCUUGGGGUAUAUGGGGCAGGGCUGCCCCCAUUAAAGGUGUUGUCCUCUUUUGCCUGCACUUGCCUUCUCUCUCUGCCUGGAUCAUUGUGGGCAGCAAGGUCCUGCCCCCUUUUGCUGCCCUUUCCACCCCUUGAGUGAAAUAGCCUUUUGGGCCCAGAGUGGGUCUUGCCCUGUGGGCAGCUGGGCCCUAGGUGGCCACUGCUUGGUAGGUUGAUAUCACAGAGGUCGGGUCUUCGGCACUAGGAGAGUCCGGCUUCUAACCCUGGCCUUAGUAGUCCAACCCUCAACCCACCCCACCACCACAGUGCCCUCCAGCUUGCUCCAAACCCAGACUUGAUUCUCCCCAAAUGUAGCCUCAUACUCAUCCUCAACCUUGCUCAUGGACUGACCCCUAAAUAUGUCUGUCCUCUGUAUGACUCAGCCCUGAUCAAGACACCAUGGCCAUGGGGUGACCCUAACUCUGGUCAGUAACUCUGAACAUUUGUAAAUCCUGAGCCCCCCACAAUUUAGUUUGUAGGCAUAGACUCAGCAUAUGCCCAAGAGAAACUCUGUGUUUUGUGAUCUGGGAUCUGUGUAUAGCAAUAUUCAUAGCAACACGUUUUGUAACAGCAAAAGAGCUGAAAAGAACUUGUAUUUGUUAUCUAUUACUGUGUAACAAAUCACCACACUUAAUGGCUUAGAACAGCACUCAUUUAUUAUCUCAUAUUUUCUAUGGCUCAAGAGUCCAGGCAUGGCUUAUCUAGGUCCUCCGAUUCAGGGUUUCCCGCAAAGCUGCAAUCACAUUGUUGGCCAGAGCUGUGGUCUUAUCUGAAGGUUCUACUGGGGAGGGGCUCACUUCCAAGUUCACUUGGUCAUUCAUAGAGUUCAGUUUCUUGUGGACUGUUGGACUGAGGGCUUCAGUUUCUUGCUGGGUGUUGGCUGGUGGCGGCCCUCAUUUCCUUGCCAUCCAGCAAGGGAGAGAGUUAGGGUCUGCUAGCAAGAUGGAAGUUAUAGUUUUAUCUAAUGCCAUUAUAGGGCUGACAUCUAUCAUAAUCGUCAUAUUCUAUUUAUUUGAAAUAAGUCACUACAUCCAGCCCACAUCUGAGGAGAGAGGAACACAUAGAUUUGAAUAUCAGGAGGCAGAGAUCAUUGGGAGUCAUUUUAGAAUCUGGCUUCGAGGAGGAAAAAGCAACAAAGGAUACAUUCUAGGGUAGUGGUUGCUUCUGAGGAAAAGCGGAGGGCAGAAAUGCAAGAAGCGCAUGUGUAGAUAUAAGUUACUUGUAAUGUUUUAGUUCUUGGGGCAGGUGAAGGGUUUACAGGUAUUCAUAAGUGGGUUGUUUAUGGACAAGUAGGGAGAGAAUGUCAUGAACCAAGGGUUAUGUGGAGUUCAAUUCUAUUUGUCCGAGUACCUAAAAUAAUAAAAUAAAAAUGGAUGACUACUCCUGACCUUGGUCUGUGCCCCUCCCUUGCACUCAGCCUGGUCUCAGGUUAAGGCUGACUUCAGCCUGGCCUCCUGCCUUCCCCAGAUGAACUGCAGCCCUGCACACGUACGGACCCCAGCUCUAGCCCUGUUCUCUCUCCGUAGUCUGUGUUGGGUCUCCAGAGCUCUGUCCUCUGAGCCUUACAUCCAUGGACCACACCUGUACACUCCUGUGUGUGGAGCUGGCAGGAAUGGUUUGUUAAUGAAGGGGCCUGAGGAUCAGGAUGUGGGGUUCUGCCUGACAGCACAAUGGGCCCAGAAUGCAGGUUUGGCAAUUGGGGUCACCCCCUUAAGAGUCUGCUGACCUGCAUAGCAGAGGCUGGGCCAGGUCUGGGAGGUUUCUCCUCCUUGGGUCCCCCCACACUCUUCCUACUAUCUAGAUAUGCUUGUGUCUCAACCCACAAUUAUAUCUCAAAACCCUAUAUAUCAAACCCCAAAAGUAAUAGAGAAUUUUAUUGAAUGUUUCUUGGGAAUAAAUAUGAAGGUGGAGUAUGUCACACACUAUAAGUCUGUAAUUCUUCUUUAAACAUCUCUGUUGUUCUCCAAACUUCCCUUCUCACAGCCACUACUG